UUCAGCCAAUCAGUGUGCCCUAACGACGUGCAAUCAGUCGUCAGAUUAUGGUGCGACUGGAGGGGAGUGAGGUGGCAAGAGAAGCAGGCAGAGACGGACUCCGGUAUAAGACUAACUGAGUGUUAAACUCUGUUGCUUGUGACCAGGACUCAAAGCCUUUACUUCCAGGAGGUGUUAAGUUCACUGACAAGGUCCUGUGCUAACCAGUGCUGCCAUGUCUGCUAAAGCCAUAUCUGAGCAGACAGGGAAGGAGUUCUUGUACAAGUACAUCAGCUCAUCGGCUGCUGUGCAGAACCGGUUCUAUUAUGCCAGUGUGAAUGCUGAAACGGACUGGGACCGCCUCACACAGGACCAUCCAUGGCUGCUCACGCAUCGGCUGGUGGUGAAGCCAGAUCAACUGAUCAAACGACGCGGGAAGCUCGGGCUGGUGGGCAUCAACCUGGACCUGCAGGGUGUCAAAGACUGGCUCAAGGGUCACUUAAUGAAAGAAACCACUGUGGGAAAGGCUAAAGGCGUGUUAAAAAACUUCCUCAUUGAGCCAUUUGUUCCACACAAACAGGAGGAAGAGUUUUACGUGUGCAUCUACGCCACACGUGAGGGAGACUUUGUACUUUUUCACCACGAGGGAGGGGUGGAGGUGGGUGACGUGGACGCCAAGGCCCAGAGGCUGAUGGUUGGAGUAGAUGAGAAGCUCACCGAGGACCAAGUCAAAGAGCAGCUGCUCACACAUGUUCCUGAUGAUAAGAAAGGAGUUCUGUCCAGUUUUAUUGUGGCGCUCUUCAACCUCUAUGGGGACCUCUACUUCACCUACCUUGAGAUCAACCCACUUGUCGUUACUCAGGAUGGAGUCUACGUCCUCGACAUGGCAGCUAAGAUUGAUGCAACAGCAGACUUCAUCUGCAAGGCCAAAUGGGGCAAUGUGGAGUUCCCUCCACCUUUUGGCAGAGAAGCAUAUCCAGAGGAAGCCUACAUAGCAGAUCUGGAUGCAAAGAGCGGUGCUAGUCUGAAGCUGACCCUUCUGAACCCUCAAGGCAGGAUCUGGACCAUGGUGGCUGGAGGAGGUGCUUCAGUGGUCUACAGUGACACGAUCUGUGAUCUGGGUGGGGUGGAUGAGCUGGCUAAUUAUGGCGAGUACUCGGGUGCACCGAGUGAACAACAGACCUACGACUAUGCAAAAACCAUCCUGUCACUCAUGACUCGUGAAAAACACCCUGAAGGAAAAGUGCUGAUCAUCGGAGGAAGUAUUGCCAACUUCACCAACGUUGCAGCAACAUUUAAGGGCAUCGUCAGAGCCAUUAAAGAUUACCAAGGUCCCCUAAAGGAGCACGAGGUCUCCAUAUUUGUGCGACGUGGCGGGCCCAACUACCAGGAAGGCCUGAGGGUGAUGGGGGAAGUAGGAAAGACCACAGGGAUUCCUAUUCACGUGUUCGGAACUGAAACCCACAUGACGGCUAUCGUUGGGAUGGCCCUGGGCCACCGGCCGAUCCCCCAUCAGCCACCAACGGCCGCUCACACUGCCAACUUCCUGCUCAACACCAGCAGCAGCGCAGCGACUCCGGCUACAUCGAGAACAGCUUCGUUCUCUGAAGCUAAAACCACUAAUGAUGUCACCCCACCCAAAAAGUCAAAAGCAGGCCUUCCACCAGACUCUCUUCAUUCUAUCCUGUGGCCUCUGAAGAAUGUGGUCACAGGCGAUUGUAAAGCCAAAGCAACCACGCUGUUCAGCAAACACACCAAGGCCAUUGUCUGGGGCAUGCAGACACGUGCUGUGCAGGGCAUGCUGGAUUUUGACUACGUCUGCUCUCGUGACCAACCCUCUGUGGCCGCCAUGGUCUACCCUUUCACUGGAGAUCACAAGCAGAAGUUCUACUGGGGCCACAAAGAGAUCCUGCUGCCGGUCUUUAAGAACAUGGCUGACGCCAUGAAGAAGCACCCUGAGGUGGACGUAGUGAUCAGCUUUGCUUCACUGCGCUCUGCCUUCGACAGCACGUUGGAGGCCAUGCAGUAUCCGCAGAUUCACACCAUCGCAAUCAUAGCUGAGGGCAUCCCAGAGGCUCAGACAAGAAAGCUGAUCAAGAUAGCAGACGAGAAGGGCAUCACCAUUAUUGGCCCCGCUACGGUUGGUGGCAUCAAGCCAGGUUGUUUUAAGAUUGGCAACACUGGCGGCAUGCUGGACAACAUCCUGGCUUCGAAACUUUACCGUCCUGGAAGCGUGGCGUACGUAUCACGGUCCGGAGGAAUGUCCAACGAGCUGAACAACAUCAUCUCACGCACUACAGACGGUGUCUAUGAAGGAGUGGCCAUCGGAGGGGACAGAUAUCCAGGCUCCACCUUCAUGGAUCACGUCCUACGCUACCAGGACACUCCCGGGAUUCAGAUGAUAGUGGUGCUGGGCGAGAUCGGAGGCACAGAGGAGUACAAAAUCUGCCAAGGCGUCAAAGAAGGCAGCAUCACCAAACCCGUCGUGUGCUGGUGUAUCGGGACCUGUGCCACCAUGUUUGCUUCAGAGGUUCAGUUUGGCCAUGCAGGAGCUUGUGCCAACCAGGCCUCAGAGACGGCUGUGGCCAAGAACCAGGCUCUGAGGGACGCCGGCGUCUAUGUACCUAAAAGCUUUGAUGAGCUGGGGGAUGUCAUCAAGACAGUUUAUGAUGAGCUGGUGGCCAGUGGUACAAUCAUUCCUGCCAAGGAGGUUCCUCCCCCGACCGUUCCUAUGGAUUAUUCCUGGGCCAGGGAGUUGGGUCUGAUUCGUAAGCCAGCCUCCUUUAUGACGAGUAUCUGUGACGAGCGAGGACAGGAGCUCAUCUAUGCUGGCAUGCCCAUCACCGAGGUCUUUAAGGAGGAGAUGGGUUUGGGAGGAGUCCUAGGCUUGCUCUGGUUCCAGCGCAGGUUGCCACGAUACGCUUGCCAGUUCAUUGAGAUGUGUCUGAUGGUGACUGCUGAUCACGGUCCUGCUGUCUCUGGUGCUCACAACACAAUCGUGUGUGCUCGGGCUGGAAAAGACCUCAUCUCAAGCCUCACCUCUGGCCUGCUCACCAUUGGGGACCGUUUCGGAGGAGCUCUGGACGCAGCAGCGAAGCAGUUCAGCAAGGCGUUCGACAGCGGCACGCUGCCCAUGGAGUUCGUCAAUAAGAUGAAGAAGGAAGGGAAGCUGAUCAUGGGCAUUGGGCACAGAGUCAAAUCAAUCAACAAUCCAGACAUGCGAGUUCAGAUCCUGAAAGACUUUGUUAAGCAGCACUUUCCCUCCACUCAUCUACUGGACUAUGCUCUAGAUGUGGAGAAGAUCACCACCUCCAAGAAACCCAACCUGAUUCUCAACGUAGACGGUCUAAUUGGCGUUUCCUUCGUGGACCUGCUGAGAACAUGUGGAGGCUUCACACGAGAUGAAGCUGAUGAGUUUGUGGAAAUCGGUGCUCUGAACGGGAUCUUUGUCCUGGGGCGUAGUAUGGGCUUUAUUGGGCAUUACCUGGACCAGAAGAGGCUGAAACAGGGUCUGUACCGCCACCCGUGGGAUGACAUCUCCUAUGUGCUCCCUGAGCACAUGUCCAUGUAAAGGCCCUGGAUGGUGUGGUUUGGCAGCAUCGUUUCAUUCAACACACCUGAGCUGAUUUAGGAAAACUGGACAGAAGCAUUCUGGAACAUGGAAGCGCACACAGAUUGUGGGAUUCAGAUAGAAAUUUUACUUUUAGUUUUUAAGGACGAAAAGGGGAAGUAUGUUUUUAGAUUUUUUUUUUGUCGACAAGUUAUUUAAAACUAUUUAGAAAUGUAACUUAUUUGUUUUCCAAUAAAGAGCCGAACCAAUGCAAGUGCAAGAAAUCAGCUGAUGGUUAAAGUCGAGUACAGAAGCAGAGGAAUCUGCUGUAGCUGAUAAACGGGAUUUAAAUAGUGUUUCCAUUAGAUUAGAGUCUGGAUAGUUAACCUACAGCAACACCUUAGUGAAAUCUGCUAUUUAUUAUAUUUACAGAUAUUAACCCUUACACAACGUUUAAAUUUUCUAACGUCAAUGUCAUUUGAGCACAAAACAGGUAAGGGUUAAACAUGAUUCACUGCUUCAGGACCAUCAAAGUGCUUACCUGACUUGUUUUAGAGCACUCGCCUUGAUUUAAAAACUGGCAGUUUUUUUUUUGUAUUGUCCACUUUUUAUUAUCACUUAGAAAUAUUUUAGUCAUCACAGUGUGAACCAAAAGUAUUUUAUGCUGAAAAAAAGUUUAGCUGUAAGUUUUUUUCCAUCUGUUAUUAAAAAAAAAAAUAAGGGAAUGAAAUGAGUCGGUUCAGUGUCUCUUCACCUUUGCCUUCCUCGGAACAGCCAUGACGUUACAGCUCAGCUACUGUGAUUUAGAUUCUGUCAAGUCUGAACUCAACCAUGUGUGUAGCUACGGUUAACCGUAUGACAGAAGGAUGUAGAAAUCCAUCCAGAGGCGGUAAACAGAAUGCUGCAUAAAUGAACCCUGAGGGGGGAUCUAUGAAGGCAGUUUUCUUUUCCCGUGGGAAUUCCUGUACAUUAAACGGUUGGGAAUUCACCACCAACCUGCAACUGCUCACUGUAAAGCCUGCUGUGUUUUGUCUUUAUUUGGCUGUUUUAUUUAACUGUGAAAAUGCUUUGUUUUUGUAAUAUGCUGACAAAUAGUGGCACAUUAAUAAAUAACUUGUUUUAAAUUUG